CCUAAAGUCUUUGUUGUCCUCAUUCAUCCCUACAAUGUAGGCACCUUCCGAGAUUCUUUCUGUCCCUACACCACACAAUUUUAGCCUAUAAUGUGCUUUGUGAAUGCCUCUUUUGCUCACUGAAAUCAUUCCCUCUGGUUGUAGUUAUUCAACUCCAGAAAAAAGAUCAAAUAACAAUCAUUGAGGAAACAUGUGCCCUCACAGUAAGAGAAAGGAGCUAUGGGGAUUCAGGGGAUCUCCUCCUACUGUUAAAGAAGCCUUCAAUGUCUUAGACAAAGAUGGAGAUAGAAGAAUUGCUUUCAAUGAUCUGGAAGAUUUCUUCCAUAUCCACAAGCAAACUUAUAUUAGCAGAGAGGAGAUUCAGUCCAUGAUCACUGUAGUAGACAAAGAUCAUAAUGGGUCUGUGGAGUUUGAAGAGUUUGAGGGUCUUAUGAUGGCAUUGAUGAUGACAGAAGAAACAAAUGAAGAAAACAAUGCAUUGGAGGAAGCAUUCAGAGUGAUGGAUAGGGAUGGAGAUGGAAUUGUGAGUGUGAGGGAUUUUAAGAGCUUUAUGGGCGAGGCAAUGCACAGUGUGAAUGAUGAGGAUAUUGUGGAGAUGAUAGAGGCAACCGAUGCUUGUGCUCAGUCAGGCAUCUGCUACAAAGAUUUUUUGGCUCUCAUGAUGGCGAUGAUGAAUGGAUCCCAGUGACUGGCCCAAAUUUUGCUUAUAUGUUACAACAAAAUGUCCUCCGAACCAAUGGAAUCAGUUUUCUUAAAUGUGAACAAAGGCUUUUCAAAUGGGUUCUACAUAAAUUUGCUUAUUACUGUAUUUCCCAUUACUCCAAGAAGGAAAAACUGAAAAAUCACGUGAAUCUAUAUAAGAAAUGUUUAUAUAUAUGUGUUACAGAGGUCUUUCAAAUGGGUUCGACAUAAAUUUGUCUCUUAAUGUAUUUUCCAUUGCCUUAAGAAGGAAAAACUGAACAACCACCUCCAUCUCUAUGAGGGAUGGUAAUGUUCUCAAUAUGUGUUAAAUGUGUAGUAGAGGUCUUUCAAAUGGGUUCUGCCCCUUAAUGUAUUUCUCAUUGCCCUAAGAAGGAAAAACUGAAUAACCAUUUCAAUCU